GCCGCUUUCCGGCAAACAUGGCGUCUGUGACCACGGCCACCUCAGAGUGGAUCCAGUUCUUCAAGGAUGCUGGCAUCCCCCCGGGUCUGGCCGUGAACUACGCCGUGUCCUUUGUGGACAACAGGAUCCAGAAGACCAUGCUUAUGGACCUCAGUAAGGAGAUCAUGAUGGACCUGGGCAUCACAGUCAUCGGUGACAUCAUCGCUAUCCUCAAGCAUGCAAAACAUGUUUACAGACAGGACAUGUGUAAGAUGGCCACAGAGGCGAUCACGUCAGGGCAGACCAGCGUUCAGGCUGAGCUGAGGCGUGCCGCCAAUACUCCCGCCACGCGUAUGAUUGCCAACUCUCUAAGCCGGGAGUCCCCCCCAAGCACGCCCGUUCGCCGUCCUGACAACCGCCUCUCCGUGACUGUGUCCAACAAGCAGGCUAGCACCAAAGCAGUGCUGAGUCGGCCGGCGGAUGAAGGCAGCAGCUUACCAGUGAAGCGGCGACGUGUGACGGCAGAGAUGGAGGGGAAGUACAUCAUUAAUAUGCCCAAGGGCACAACUGCCCGCACUCGCCGGAUCCUUGAGCAGCAGGCCAAGAGGGAGAAGGCACUGAAGCGUACCUCAGUGUUUGAGAGGCUGGGAGCAGAGUCCAAAGCUGACACCACAACUGGAAGCAAGCCCACUGGAGUGUUUAGCCGGCUGGGUGGAGAAGAGGCAGAGGAAGAGGAUGAGGCGGUGACAAGGAGACCGGAGGCAGAGGAGGAGCAGGGGGUGGAAGAUGAGGACGAGAGUGAUGGAGAGGGCUCAGUCCUGCAGUAUGCCGGUGUCCUGAAGCGACCCCCGCCAACCCUUAAAAGGACUGCCAUUGCUGCCACCCCUGCCUCUGGCCAGCUACCAGCCAAAGUAGUUGCCAAAAAGGCUCCCAUCACCCUGCGCCGCUUGGGCACCAAGUCCAUACCCGCGACCUCCCCAGCUGCCCCCUGCCCCUCUUCCAACGGGCUGUCCUCUAACAGUGCCCCAGCCCCUAAACCCAGCAUCCUGAAGAGACUUGGCAAGGUGCCCCCUGUGCACGCCUCAGGCACCUCCUCGACUGCCCCCCCUCAGCCUCCUGAUACUCAGGACAGCCGAGUAACUAGUAGCAGAACCAAGGCUGCUUCAGCCUUUACGCUGGCCAGCUCCAAGGUGAGCAGCAGCACUGGGGCUGUGGACUGCCAGGGGGCCCAAAUGGACCACACAGGAACUGUCAGCGUCUUCAAGAGACUGGGUACCAAAAAAACCUAAAGUUUGUCCUAAAAGCCCCCAAAGAUUGCCACAUUGUCCCUUUGACCUCACUGGGCUCGAAAACCCUGGUACACUCCUCUUCCCUGUCCUGUACCCAUUUACCUAUUGUCUCACUUGACCCCCAAAUCUUUUUACAUCGGUCUGAAAACAUGUACAGUUUAAAUGUGUGUUUUUUUUUUUUUUUUUUUUUAAACUUUCACUUUGUGUGUUGUUGUGUGGUAUCAAACACAAAUCCCCGUGGGUUGUUUGGUCUAUUCCCCUGCAUUUCAGUGUUGGUAUAUUUUAUUGAUUCUCAUGUAUUUACCCACAUAUGCUAACAUGACCGUAGCGGUACCGAUGGAGCAGGAGUCGGGGUCAUUAUCCAGGCCAGAAUGACAAAAACACAUCAGCUAGCAAUUUAGCAUUACAAGGAGACUUGAUCACUAGCUGCAUCCUGCAGGAGAACCAUAGCUUCAGAGUUCAAUCAUCUAGACCAGCGUCUUGAUUUUAUGUAUUCUCUAAUGGAACACGUUUCCUUUCCGGAGCUGCCUGUCACGAGAACACUGAUGCAUUUUUGGCCGAAUGAGUAAUUUUAUCAGUACUGGUUUUAACAGAGAAGGAUCAUAAAUGUAGAACUUCCUCAACGAUGGCGCUGACUGGCCUGUGAAGUGGAGUGAGACUUGACCCCCGAUAUGUAGUUUCACAUUUGCUGCCAACUCCUCGACCAGUAUCUGAUUAAAAUUCUGUGGACUCACCGAUUGCCGGUUUUUGCUGUGGGUCGAUUAUGGAUUUUCCUCAAAGUCAGCUGCUUGUAGUGUUGUUUUUAAAAAUAAUUUUGAUUAGUCACCGUAACUUUGCAGUGUUGUACAAAUUUUAGACAAGAAUAAGAGAAUCCAGCUUUUUCAAACAUACUAGAAUACACUUCUUUGUCAUGCAAUAGUACUGUUAAGGUAAAAGAAACAAAAAAGGACUAACUUGUGUUUCUCUUUCAUCCCAUUUCCAAUAUAAAAGUUCAUAACAAACCUGUUCUCUUUAAGGGCUCCUCUAUUAAUGGAGUCAGCUAUAGGAUUGUUUUAAAGGAGGCAGCAGAUUAAAUGUAUUGAAAUUAAUGCUUUUCUGAACAGUAAUAUUUAACAUUAUCAGCUGAAGACAGUACAUCCACAGAUAGCAUUUAGUUUACCUGAGAUGACAGUGUGACUCCCCCCAACUGAGAGGUGAAAAAUGGUUCUCAUCCUCUUUCAGCCACAAGCAUAAAUGGAGAGAUUUCUUUGACAUCCUAGAGGUUGCCUUGUUGCCUUGAUCAAGCAGGGGUUCAAAUAUCAGGCCACACAAGGGCUUUUGUCCCCCCAACUGAGUCUGAAUGUCAUUAAAUUGUCUCCUUUAAACCAGCCAGUGUUGCUUCUCCAGCUGUGAGCGCUGUGAUGUCACUACCUGUUGCUUAACUCGUUGGGCUGCUACAAGUGAGCAGUGGGGGCAAUGAGCUCUCCUUCUUGAGGUUGUAUCGGGGGGGGGGGGGUGUCUUGAACAGAUGUCAAUGAAUGCUAAGUUAAUAAUUUUAAUAAAAUGAAUCAGGUGGGGGGACUGAAAUGCACGCACACACAUUUUUGACUUCUUCAAAUUAUGAAAAAUUUUGACCGUAAGCACACAGACCCUUCCCAUACAUUCCUUGCCUCUGACUGGUGUGCAUGAAAUUGAAUAAAAAUGGUGCAAUGUGAAAGUAAAUUUGUAAGACACAAAUUGGUUCAGUGAGAAAAUAAUUGUAAUAUUAGGUUCACAAAGUAGGCACCGAGGUGGAAGUUUGUGUAUGAACUGUUUACAGAGUGAAGACAACUUUAAGUUUUACAUAGCAUAUUAAUCCAGUUAAUCCCAUAUGAAUAAUUUAGAAAUUAAUUUAGAUUUGUAAUUUUGAAGGUUCUGUUUCUUGAAAAUGCAGGAAAUGUCAUGCUUCUAAAUAAAUCCAAAACUGUAUGCAGCUUCAUACACAUUCUUUUUCGUGGGUGCACUCUGACAC